ACCGCCAGUACUGUUGUGUAUGACUCGUCGACGGCCGGUGUCCGUCAACACAGAACGGCAGUGCGCGCGUGUAUGUGGUUUAGUGCGUUUCGUCCGCGUCCGCCCGUCGCCCGUAUUAUGAUCACCGUCGAUCCAGCCAUCGUGUUUGUGCGUGUGACGAUCAAUUAUUUUUCACCAUUCGUUUUCUCGUGUUGAAUCAGUCUGUCAAUUCAUUAAUAUUCUCUAACGACAAAUGGAGUUCUUUUAAUUUUCUUAUCGAAUCCGAGUUCAAUCUUCUCUUUUGUGUGUGAAUUUAUACGUGUUCUUGUUUUUUAUUAAGUGUCGCGUUAUUGGUUUCUCUUUCUUCAUUUCUUCACUUGGAUUACUUUUGGAUUUAUCUGAACGAAAAAUUGGAUUUUUUUUUCAUCCUUGUAAAAUUUUGCUGAGAAUUAUAAAUGGAUUACGAAAAAAUACUACAGCAGCAAUGACAAACUAUCAUAAAUAUGACCAGUGAUCCUCACUUUUUAAAGGCUCUCAAACGACAUCCAGACAGAAGAACUUUGCAAGAUCUUCAAAUAAUUUACUAUGGACUUCAAAGUCUGGAAGCAUUGUAUACCUAUAGAGAUUCCUCAUUGCGUACACUAUGCAAAACAGUCAAAUAUGAGCGCCAUGAAGCAAACGAUGUAUUAUACUUUACCGGCGAGUUGGCAAUGUGUUGGUAUGUGUUGCUCUCAGGUUCUGUGUUCAUUGACGGUAAACUGUUUCUGCCUACGUCCAGUGUUCAGUAUCCUGGUCGGGAAAAUGGUCCCGCGUACGACAUACGUUCAUUUGUGGCGUUUCCCGCGAAAUUCUCGUCAUGGCUCGUGCACGACAAGUAA